AUGUCUCUCAAAUCGUCCAAUUCGUCGCAGAAUCUCAUGCUCCCCGUCUCCGAUCCUCCCAACCACCAAGACGGUUACGCCGACGACAAGCUCUUCAAAGGCUCCGCCAUGACCAAACGCGGAGCCUUCGCCGCCGUCUCUUACAUGUCCUGCGCCGUUCUGCUGGUGAUGUUCAAUAAAGCAGCGCUUUCGUCUUAUAAUUUCCCCUCCGCGAAUGUCAUCACACUUCUUCAGAUGGUAUGUUCAUGUUGUUUUCUCUAUUUGUUGAAACGCUGGAGGAUGAUAUCUUUCACAGCAAACGACUCCUUACAUAUAUCAGAUAACUCAACAAAAUUUGUAUCAUUGAAGACUUUGAAGCACACACUUCCUCUGUCGGGAGCAUACUUAUUUUACAUGCUAGUCACCAUGGAGUCCGUUCGUGGAGUAAAUGUUCCAAUGUACACAACUAUUAGGAGAACCACAGUGGUGUUUACAAUGCUUGUUGAGUUUACUCUGGUAGGACAGAGGUAUACAAGUUCUGUUAUUUUCAGUGUUGGCUUGAUUGUCUUUGGGGCAUUUGUUGCUGGAGCAAGAGAUUUUUCUUUUGAUGCUUAUGGAUAUGCUGUUGUUUUCAUGUCAAACAUCGCCACAGCAAUAUAUCUUGCAACCAUAGCUCGCAUUGGAAAAACUAGUGGUCUUAAUAGCUUUGGCCUUAUGUGGUGCAAUGGUGUCAUAUGUGGGCCUGUUUUGCUCAUCUGGACAUUUGUUCGUGGUGAGUUGAAGACAGCAAUCAAUUUUCCAUAUAUCUUCUCGCCUGGUUUUAUUGUUAUUUUGCUUUUUUCCUGCAUACUGGCAUUCUUCUUGAAUUACUGUAUUUUUCUAAACACAACUCUAAAUUCAGCUGUGACACAGACCAUUUGUGGUAAUCUGAAGGAUCUAUUUACUAUUGGCCUUGGCUGGAUAAUUUUUGGUGGGCUUCCUUUUGAUACUUGGAACGUAAUUGGGCAGUUGCUUGGUUUUGCUGGAUCUGGUCUAUACGCCUACUACAAGCUCCUUGGCAAAUAA